UAGUAAUAUCCACUGCGCCACACCAAACCAGGCUGCCGCCUGUUCAGCCACGUGAUAUCAUUUCAGCUGUCCGUCAUCCAAGCAGUUUCGGAUUCAUGCUUAACAUGGACCGACCCCAACGGCAGAUAUUGACAGUGCAUGGCAUGGACCUUUGUAUGAUCGAAGAAUACCCUGCGCAGACCUCCUUUGUCUUGAGGCACGGCAUCAUCUUCCAAAAAAGAACUGAUUAUCGGUGAAAACAGAAGAGGAUGAUUUGGUUUUGUUGCGAUCUGGCCUGCUGUUGAUGAUUCCAGUCCUUGACACACGCCAUUGUUUAUAUUAGUUUUGAUUGGUGAUUGAUCUAUACUCAACGCUUGACAUUUUGGCAGGAGUAUAGGCAUGACCGCAUUAGGCCGGGCGUUUCACAGAUAUACUCCUGCCUCCGUCUUUUCAAUAUGGAACGCAUGCAUGAAUACACGCGGCCGAGUGCGCAAGACAUGUCCGACGAUGCCGAAUCUGAUGAUGACCUCGAUCUCAAUGAACUUGACCCAGAAGCCUCUGUGUCUCUCUACAAUGGGCAGAGUCCAAAAAGUAGAGGAGGGAUUGGCAUAGCUCCGACAUAUGGGCCCGGUAUAGCGUUGAGGCACCUGCGAGCUGGAGCUCGAGAUCGAAUAUGGAACCGUAGUGCAUCUAGGACAAGGCGACAGGAUGGGGAAGAAGAUACUGGUGGCUUGCUGGAUGAUCGCGAUGGUGGCAACCAGGAGCUUUCAGGAAGGAGUUCAACAUAUGCUGACGAUGAUAUGCCUCUUCUCAAUGGACCCAGCCAGCCUCGCCUAAACCCAACUCCACACAGGAGCAUAUACUCGCGGCUUAGCUCUAGACUGCGCUUCCCCAGGUUUGGCUCUUCGUCCCUCCUUGAUAACACUCCCGAUGGAUAUAACGAUCUACCAUUGCAUUCCAACGCAGAUCAUAGACCAACACGAAAAUUGCUUGUUGGGCAAACACAACAAACCCGCUAUCCACCGAAUGUCGUAUCAAACGCCAAAUACACCCCCUUGAGCUUCCUCCCCCGCACUCUCUACAAUGAAUUUUCGUUUUUCUUUAACAUUUACUUUCUUCUGGUGGCAUUAUCGCAGAUAAUACCCAUUCUAAGAAUCGGUUAUAUGUCCUCUUAUAUUGCCCCUCUGGCCUUUGUGGUAUCGAUUUCACUGGGCAAGGAGGCACUGGAUGACAUUGCUCGACGACGAAGAGAUGCAGAAGCAAAUGCAGAAGAAUACACUGUCAUAUCAUUUACUCCAUCGUCUUCUCGAAAACCAGUUGUCCGAAACAGGCGGGCAACUUCUGAUUCGGGCUCUCAUUUACAUGGAACUGAAAUUUUCGAGAUAACAAAGAAGGCGCGCGAUUUGAGAGUUGGCGACAUUUUGAAGCUACGGAAAGAUCAACGCCUCCCUGCUGAUGUAGUCAUUUUGAAAAGCGCACUACCGGAAGUGGCCGCUGCUCAGAAUACUAGCCUUCCUGGAGAGCUGAUCGAUAGAAACAAUAACACUGCUGCCGAAUCAACUGAUGAUUGCCAUGUAACUCCGCGAGCUGAUGAAUCUGCUGACGGUAUCGAUGGGUCAAGCGAUACCUUCAUACGAACGGACCAGCUGGACGGCGAAACUGAUUGGAAAUUGCGCCUUCCUUCUCCCCUCACGCAAAAUCUACCUCUCUCAGAUCUCCAGAGGAUACGGAUCAUCGCGGGCGAGCCUGAGAAGAAUGUGCAUAAUUUUGUUGGAACAAUUGAGCUGACACCUCCUUCUCCAAAUUCUCCAAAUUCUUAUGAUCCUCAUAUCAACAAAACUGAUCCGGCUGCUCGUUCCCCAACACGCCCAUCGUCGUCCGAUGAUCACCAUCAGAGCCUCUCCGAGCCUCAGUCAGCUCCUCUUACCAUUGACAACACUGCCUGGGCUAGUACAGUUCUUGCCUCAAACACAACAACAAUCGCCGCAAUAAUCUACACAGGAGCCCAAACUCGAUCGGCGAUGUCGACGUCACCGUCUCGUUCAAAGGUCGGGUUGCUUGAAUACGAAAUUAACAGCUUGACGAAAAUUCUCUGUAUUUUAACGCUAUCCCUCUCCAUCAUUCUUGUUGCCCUUCAAGGGUUUGAGCCUAGCAACGACAAGCCAUGGUAUAUUGCUAUCAUGAUAUAUCUAAUCCUCUUUUCCACGAUUAUUCCUAUGAGUUUACGUGUUAACCUCGACAUGGCCAAGUCUGUGUAUGGGAGGUUUAUCGAGCGGGAUACCGGUAUUCCGGGCACUGUUGUCAGAACCAGCACUAUUCCUGAGGACCUGGGUAGGAUAGAGUACUUGCUCUCUGAUAAAACCGGAACCCUAACCCAGAAUGAAAUGGAACUCAAAAAAAUCCAUGUCGGAACAGUGUCCUAUGCAAAUGAAGCGAUGGAUGAAGUGGCGUCAUAUCUUCGACAGGGCUUUUCUACAGCCACUUCUAGCCAUGAACCUCACUCAUCACUCGUCACUCCAACAACCAUAAAUGGUGCCCAGACUGGUUUGGCUUCAACGACUCGGACACGACGAGAGAUUGGAUCUCGCGUCAGAGAUAUAAUCCUCGCUCUCGCGCUAUGUCACAAUGUUACUCCAACAGCGGACGAACAAAAUGGAGAGAAAAUGACAACCUACCAGGCCUCGUCACCCGAUGAGAUCGCGAUCGUGAAGUAUACACAGGAAGUGGGCCUGCAGCUAGUACACCGAGAUAGGCAAAAAAUUGUGCUCAAAUCAGUAGAUACGGGCAACAUUGUAGUGCGGGUUCGGAUUCUGGACAUAUUCCCUUUCACUUCUGAGAGCAAGCGAAUGGGCAUUAUUGUUCAAUUUAAGAAAGGUUCUGAUUUAGACAAAUCGGCAGCGCAGGAUGAGGAGAUUUGGUUUUACCAGAAAGGUGCUGAUACCGUUAUGUCUUCCAUCGUUGCCACCAAUGAUUGGCUUGACGAGGAGACCGCAAACAUGGCAAGAGAAGGCCUUCGUACCCUAGUCAUUGGCAGGAAAAGACUCUCCCAGGCGCAGUACCAAGACUUUUCUACUAGCUAUAAACAGGCCUCAUUAUCCUUACACAACAGGGACACCGGAAUGGCGAAGGUUUGCCAAGAAUACCUCGAGCAAAAUCUAGAGCUUUUGGGAGUCACAGGCGUUGAAGACAAGCUCCAGAAGGAUGUCAAACCGUCUCUCGAACUCCUGCGUAACGCAGGAGUGAAAAUAUGGAUGCUCACAGGUGAUAAAGUUGAAACAGCACGUUGUGUGGCAGUUUCCGCCAAACUUGUUGCAAGAGGCCAAUAUAUCCACACUGUCACUAAGCUAAAGGACAAAGGAUCUGCCCAGGACACGCUCGAUUUCCUUCGAAAUAAAACAGAUUCCUGCCUUCUUAUCGACGGUGAAUCACUUACUCUAAUGCUCGCCAAAUUCCGUACUCCCUUUAUAUCAGUCGCCGUCCUCCUCCCCGCCGUGAUUGCUUGCCGCUGCUCCCCAACACAGAAAGCCGAAAUUGCCUCCUUAAUCCGCGAGCACACCAAAAAGCGCAUCUGCUGCAUCGGCGAUGGGGGUAAUGACGUCUCCAUGAUCCAAGCCGCAGACGUUGGUAUUGGCAUUGUCGGCAAGGAGGGUCGGCAGGCCUCCCUCGCCGCCGACUUCAGCAUCACCCAAUUCCACCACCUGACGAAACUUCUCGUGUGGCAUGGGCGGAAUUCAUAUAAGCGCUCCGCCAAGCUUGCCCAGUUUAUCAUGCACCGCGGUCUAAUCAUCAGCGCCUGUCAGACCAUGUACAGCAUUGCGGGCCGCUUCGAUCCGAAGGGGCUGUUUAUAAACUGGUUGCUAGUCGGUUAUGCUACGGUCUACACCAACGCGCCGGUUUUCUCACUUGUGCUAGACCGCGAUGUUGACGAGGAGCUAGCCAAUUUAUAUCCGGAGCUAUACAAAGAGCUGAAAACGGGUCGCAGCCUUAGUUACCGCUCGUUCUUCACUUGGGUCCUCGUCAGUGUCUACCAGGGUUCAAUCAUCCAGGGUCUCUCGCAGAUUCUUGUCGGGGAGGUGACGGGGCCGAAAUUGAUCAGUGUUUCAUUCACGGCGCUUGUGCUGAACGAGCUAGUCAUGGUGGCUGUUUCGAUUACCACGUGGCAUCCCGUCAUGAUCCUGUGUAUUGUUGGCACGGCUAUCGUUUAUGCGGCCAGCGUGCCCUUCCUAGGUGAUUACUUCGACUUGAAGUAUGUUGUUACUCUAGCAUGGGUGUGGCGGGUUAUUGUUGUUGCGGCUAUUGCCCUCGUACCCGUCUGGGCUGUGAAACUGAUAAGCAGGACGUGGAGCCCGCCUAGUUAUCGGAAGGUUCGGGGCUGAUAUUGGGAUGUGCCUUUACGAAUUUUUGUCUUGGUUUAUUCAUUUUUACGUUGUCAUUGUCCCCCCUGGUGUCUUUUAUGUGACGAAAUUUCUUUUUGUAUAACUUGUUUUUGCUCUUUUGGGUCGGGCGUACGGAAUGGCUAGAAUUGUUGACUUUUAACGCAUUUUUUUUUUCUCUCCAUAUCCCUAUAUAACCAACCGUGUGCGUGUUUUUGAGCCGUGUUCCACGUAGCAUACCCGCAUUUUCAAUUUUGAAUACCACACAAGGUAUUGUAGAUCUUCGUACUCCUUGAUUUUAUCUCAAUAAUAUUGGACAAGUUAUGUUCGAUAUCCACUCCAGGAUCCCUAUUUAUGUACAGAAAAUAGACCGGAGAGGGCAAAUACCACAAAGAAUCAUCACGCCAGCAAAAAACCAUCCAGAACCCGCAUAGAGUCACAGCACCAAACUGAGGAAGAAAAACGGGACAGCACAGGGCCAUAACAUCGAAAAGUCACCAAAUGCUAUAUAAAGGGGUAAAAAAGAGACGCAAAUUGUCCACUAAACGCCGAAGCUGGAGGGAUAUUAAGCAAUAGGAAAGGGGAAUAAAAAACAUAAUCCUGACGGAAGGGACUGAAAACCCAACACCUGAACAGGUGUCCUUAUCGAGGUCCUCGAUGCUGCCCAAGCCGUCUUCCCUGAAGCCCGUUCCCAAUGCCUCCUCCACCCCCUCCACCCCCACCACUACCGUAAGUCGAAGAACCGUGACGAUCUCCAGAUUCCCACGGCCGGCUUGACCCCGUGUAAGGCUGUCCACCGCCACCACUCGGCUCAUUUCUACCAUACCCAGGGCUCGGCGUGCGGGUAGGUGAUGAACUCACCGCACCUCCAUGCAGCCUUGCCCGGAGCCGCUCCUGGGCCGACACACCGGACGUAGACCUUUCGAUUCCCGUACCCAGUCUACCCUGCUGCUGCGCGGCCGCAGCCUGGGAAGUUUGGUAGGACCCCGCGCGCUGGCUGGGAAGCGGACGGGCACUUGUGGCUGUGGGAGGCGGAGGGGUGCGCGACUGCUGGCGAUCAAAAUACGAGCCCGCGGUACGUGAGCUGGAGGCCGAUGUGGCUGGCCGGGUGGGCGCAUUCGAAGGUGAAGGCAUGAGAUGCGUCGAGGAUGAUGGGGCGGGUUGGUGUGAUGGGUUGCGGCCUAGUCGCAGACUCGAGGUUUGGUGUUGCGGCGGCGGUCUGGCCGGUGACGGGUCUCCCCAUAGAUCACCUAGGCCGCCACCAGCACCGCGACCGCCGGCCGCGGGUCCUCCCGGUGGCGCUGCUCCACCAUAUCCCUGGAAGGAGGCUUGGGUUGCGACGGCGACUGUUGGGGUUGGAGGGGCGGGGGACUUGGGGUCUGCGGGCAGCCAGGGAGGGAGCCUGCGGCCCUUUUCGGUGUAGUAGGCUCGCAGGACAUUGGAUAUGUGAGAGCAGUCUUCGGAGUCCGGGUCGUCAGUCUCGUCCCCGGAGGAUAUGGCACGGCGAAGAGAAUUGAAACGGGUGCUGAAGUUGGAGAUUGCGGAGGAGGAUUUGAACGAAGAGAAGUAGGACGUCAUGGCUGGUUUACCCCACUGGGAUGGGUAUUAGGAGUUCCUUGUGCUUUUAUUUUGCGCCGCUUUGAUUGUGCUCCUACUAUUGCUUGCAGAUUUGUCGAGGAGAGGUUGAAGGUUGCGUGGUGGGGGAGGAGAGUCGAUGCUUUGAAGGUGAAACGGGGAGAGGGGUUAAGGCAGCCUAACGGAGAUAGGAGGGCGUCAGUGCCAGGUACAGCAAAGCGCCAAGUGUGUCGCCAUCUACUUUAGCCCGCACGCCGUAUUCGAGUGAUAUAUGAGGCUCGUCUGAAUAGCGGGAGGCCUGAGUGAUGUUGCAAUUGUGCGAUCUGUUCGACUUUUGAUGCUGGACUUUCGGAGUUUGGAAAGCCAAACGCCGCAGCACGUGAUACUGUGAUGUCCAUACAAGCCUUACCUCAGCCAC